UUAUCAAACUCCCAAUUCCCAGCUGUAAAACUCGCCACGCACCACACAACAACACGUUCAAUCUGACUUGAUCCCUCUAAUUUUAGUCACUAUUCUAUUAAACCCAAAUAAGCCAGAAAAUAAUCAAAAACCAAAUAAAAAUAUCCAAGAGAAGAAGAGAUGGGGAGAGGGGGAGAUGGAGAAGAAGAACAAGAGGAGGGAGUGAUGGCUACGGACUUCUUCUGGUCUUAUACGGAUGAGCCUCACGCUUCUCGGCGCCGUCAGAUCCUCUCUCAGUACCCUCAGAUUAAGGAGCUUUUUGGCCCUGACCCAUUGGCGUUUCUCAAGAUUACUGUGGCUGUCUUGCUUCAGCUCUGCACUGCUGCAGCGCUUCACAAUGCAGGCUGGCUGAAGAUUCUGGCAAUAGCCUACUUCUUCGGCUCUUUUCUCAACCACAACCUCUUCUUGGCCAUCCAUGAGCUCAGCCACAAUCUCGCCUUCUCAACCCCAGUCUACAACCGUUGGCUUGGUAUCUUUGCUAACCUCCCAAUUGGAGUUCCCAUGUCUGUCACCUUCCAGAAGUAUCACCUCGAGCACCAUCGCUUCCAAGGAGUAGAUGGCAUUGACAUGGACAUCCCAAGCAAAGUUGAGGCUCAUGUGGUGAGAAAUGUGUUCACCAAAUCCAUAUGGGUUCUACUUCAACUCUUCUUCUACGCUCUUCGGCCUGUGUUUCUGAAACCGAAACCCCCUGGUUGUUGGGAGUUCAUCAAUCUUUUUGUCCAGAUAUCCCUCGAUGUCUCCAUGGUUUACUUUUGUGGUUGGAAGUCUUUUGCUUAUUUGAUUCUCUCUACAUUUGUUGGGGGUGGGAUGCACCCUAUGGCUGGUCACUUCAUUUCUGAGCAUUACGUCUUCAAUCCUGAUCAAGAGACAUAUUCUUAUUAUGGCCCUCUUAAUCUCAUGACUUGGAGUGUAGGGUACCAUAACGAGCACCAUGACUUUCCCAGAAUUCCUGGGAGCAAGCUCCACAAGGUGAAGUCUAUUGCACCAGAAUACUAUGAGGGUUUGGAGUCUUAUAAAUCAUGGAGUCAGGUCAUCUACAUGUAUAUAAUGGACAGAACAGUCGGGCCAUUUAGCCGAAUGAAGAGGAAGCCAAGCAAAUCGGAAUAGACAAUGCUCUUUUUUGUAACAUGACUCCCAUUUUUGUAUACUUUCCUGGUUCUAAAUGGUUUAUUGUUUUGAUGCUAAAUUUGCUGGGUUAUUACUUGUAA